UUUGCGAUUGGCCAGUACACUAAAAUACGAGCAUUCUGGCGGAUUUUUUAGGAAGCUCGUUUUGGUUUUAUAUUAUAAGAAGAAGAAGAAAGAAGAAGAUUGUUGAACGUAAAAUAUUAAUUACAUAAAUCUAUGACUAUAGUCCAUAUUUUCUGAACACCUGUGAGACGUGAGUUCCUUUUUUAAGCAAUAUAGUAUUUACAUUAUUGCUCAAUUAAAUAAAUAAAACAUUUUACCUUAAACUUAUGUAAGUUAUGGAAAACUCAGAAAAUCAAUCUAUCAAAGUUGGAUCAUUAGAAGAGGAAGCUAAAAAACGAAAAGAACGAUUGGCUAAUUUGAAAAAAUCUUUAGAAAAUAAAAAUGAAUCUAAAAACAAUGAUGACAGUGUGGAGAAAUCAUUACCAAAGCCAAGAUUUAAAAGUUACAUUCCAGAAGACGAAGGACUUAAGGCUGAACUUAUACCUACCCCUCAACCAGGUGAUAUUGUUGCUGAAGUUGAGGAUCAAUUAAAAGCCGGAGAAACUGUUUUUACUGUUCAGGAAUUGGAUUUGAACACAUUAGCACCCAGAAAACCAGAUUGGGAUUUGAAAAGAGACAUAGAAAAGAGAAUGGCAAAACUUGAAAGACGGACACAAAGAGCAAUUGCUGAACUAAUUCGUGAUCGAUUAAAAGGAGAACAAAAUAUAGAUUUAGCAACAGCUGUAAAUGAAGGCGCCAGAGCAAAUGCUCAAAUUGAUAAUGACGAAGAGUAGUAUUCUGUUUUUUAUUUAAUUAUUUAAAAUAAAAUUGUAAGUAAAUAAUAAAAUCAAUAUAAUUUACUUGUG